AUGUAUGAACAAACAAAGAUACGGAGGAAAGGGAAUCUUUCUGGAGAUGACUUUAUUUGUCCAAUACCUUUACUUAGCAGACUUAAUGACCAGAAUAUUGAGAAAUUCCUACCUAUAGUCUACACUCCUACAGUUGGUCUGGCUUGUGAGAGGUUCGGCUUAGUUUAUAGAAGACCCAGGGGACUGUAUAUAACCAUUUACGAUAAAGGUCAUGUGAAACGAAUACUUAAAAACUGGCCGAUAGCAGACGUAAGAGCAAUAUGUUUCACGGACGGAGAGAGAAUAUUGGGUUUAGGAGACCUCGGGGCGUACGGUAUGGGUAUCCCUAUAGGUAAGCUGUCCCUCUAUACGGCGCUUGCGGGUAUCAAACCCCACCAGUGCCUUCCCGUAAUGCUGGACGUGGGGACUAACAACGAGGAGUUGCUUGAAGAUCCGCUAUACAUUGGGAUUAGACGGAAAAGAGCUAGGGGAAAGGAAUAUUAUGAAUUUAUCGAUGAAUUCAUGGAUGCUUGUGUAUGGAGAUACGGAUCGAAUACACUUUUACAGUUCGAAGAUUUCGCUUUGCCUAACGCAACGCCUUUGCUACAUAGGUAUCGUGAUAGAUAUUGUACGUUCAAUGACGACAUACAAGGCACAGCCGGCGUUGCUGUCGCUGGACUGUUGGCAGCAGAAAAAGUAACCAAAAAGAAAAUUUCCGAACAGACAUUUCUGUUCCUCGGUGCCGGAUCCGCAGCUACUGGUAUUGCAAAUUUAUCGGUACUAGCUAUGAAAGAUAAUGGUCUAUCCGAGGCAGAUGCUAGAAAACGUAUACUUAUGUUUGAUAUCGAUGGACUUUUGUCUAAAUCUCGGUCUGAACCUAUACCUGACCAUGCUAAAGCGUUUGCCGCGGACUUGCCACCUGAAAAGGACUUUGAAAAAGUAGUGGCCACUGUAAAACCAACCAUUCUUAUUGGGUGCUCUGCAAAGGGUGGUGCAUUUACACCGGCUAUUUUGAAGAUGGUCGCGAGCUACUGCGAGAGGCCGAUUAUUUUCGCUCUUAGCAAUCCGACGUCUCGGGCCGAAUGCACAGCGCAACAAGCUUAUGAUGGAACCGAGGGCCGUUGCGUAUUUGCAUCGGGAUCCCCGUUUCCACCAGUCAAUUAUGGUGGAAAAACAUACAUUACGGGACAAGGAAACAAUUCCUAUAUAUUUCCCGGAAUAGCUUUAGGUACUCUAACAGUUAAUGCCCAUUCUAUACCGGAGGAAAUGUUUUUAGAGGCAGCGAAGGCCCUCAAGGAUCUAGUGAGUGACGCAGAUUUUGCCCUUGGACGAAUUUACCCUCCUUUAGCGGAUGUAAAGAAGGUGUCUUUACAUAUCGCAACACACUGUGCUAACGCCGCUUAUAAACUUCGAGUAGCAACUGUUUAUCCACCUCCAAAAGACAUGAAGGCAUACAUUACAAAAUCACUGUAUGACUUGAAGUACCCUGUGGUAUUGCCUCAUUUCUACACUCACCCCGACGAAUCUCACAUUAAGGUGAAGUCUAUAAAAGAAACCUACGAAAAGUAUUUUCCGAAUACAGCAAACGGGAAGCCCGUUCAAAAAAGCUCUAUAUUGAGUGGAAAAUGUGAGAGCUUCAAUAAAAAAGACGCUUAUCUUUUGAUGUCUAUGGCAGGUAGUUUCAAUCUAAAAAAGCAAUGUGGGCUCGCCAUGGGACGCAGUGGUAGUGCGAUGGAGUUGUCAGCAAUCUUGCUGGUGCUCCUUCAUCUGUCGAUGCACGUCGUGGAUGAGGGGCAUGCUGUCAACCCAAGUUGUACGUGUGUCCGGUUCACGUCGACGUACGGCAAGGAGCGCGGCACGUUCAGCAGCCCCGACUACCCGCGCCCCUACCCCGCGCGCCUCGACUGCCUCCUCUACACGUUCGUCGCCGCACCGCACGAGAUCGUCGAGCUUGUCUUCACUGACUUUGACAUCUAUAAGGAGCAUAUGAAUUGUGUCCGCGGGGACUACCUCAAGGUAUAUUGGGAGGUCCAAGGUCCAGGUCCACCUGGUGCUAUCAACGAGCGUUCAGCGUGGGCGAGAGAAUUGUGCGGCAGCCGAGCUGAUGCUCCACCCGCCUUGUACUCGCCGGGACCUGCUCUUGUCUUGGAGUUCCAUACGGGACCCAAACAGAAUAACGCGACGGGUUUCGUCGGGACUUACAGUUUUAUUGAUAAACGUCUAUUCGAAACAGACGGUGUCCGACUACCAAGCACAGAGUGCGACUUCCAAUUCAGUCGGUCCAGCAAUCGACCAACCCAUGGCCGCCUCUACAGCCCUCGCUACCCGUCCAUCUAUCCCAAUAACGUGCGGUGUUCUUACCACUUCCAUGCAAGACCAAAGGAACGCGUGAAAGUGGUGUUUGAAGAGGUUUCUCUACAAAAAGGCGACGUUAGUUGCCUGCGACGGGCGGAUAUCAUCAAGGUGUUCGAUGGACGGGACACCAAUUCACCCGCUAUAGCUAUGCUAUGUAACGAGCUUACAGGAUACGAGGUGCUAUCUACGGGUCCGGCGCUGCUACUCCAGUUCACGGCCAAUUCCGCCACUCCUGGACAGGGGUUCGCAGCCACUUUCCACUUUCAACCGCCACCAGAUUCUACUGCUGCAGAUUCGGAUCGUUUGCUGAAGUUGAGCUUCGGGAAAGCAUUCGAGUCGCUUGGACCAGAAGUCAGCGCUACAACUUCAUCAUGUCACCAGGAGUUCAACAGCGACGGCACGAAGCAUGGGACCCUCACGUCUCCCCACUACCCUGCAGCCUACCCCCCAAACACUCACUGCCACUAUGAAUUCUUCGGGAGAGGAAAAGAGAGAGUCAGACUAAUAUUUCAAGACUUCUUUUUGUAUAAAUCUACUGAUGGUUCUUCAGAUUGCACAAACGUCGACUCGCUACAAGCAUUUGUCAACGUGGAUGGUCGUCUUGAGAAGGUGGAAACAUUCUGUGGAGUUGACCUGCCCAAACCCAUCAUGUCGAAUGGCCCAAAACUGAUGCUCGAGUUCCGAGGGACCCACUCGUCAAGACACGCCAGAGGAUUCAAAAUAUCUUACGCUUUUGUAGAAAAUUUCGGCAUAACCUCAGGGAGGCAACUCAAAGAGUUUCCCUGUGCGUUCGUAUACAACAGUACCGAGUCCAGGAACGGUACUUUCGCGUCUCCCAACGCUCCGGGUCCGUAUCCCAGGGACACUGAAUGCACGUACUUCUUCCAUGGAGGGGAGACAGAGAAGGUUCAUCUGCACUUCACAAACUUCGACGUCGAGGGAGUUUCACCAUGUGAAGCCGUCUCAGCGAGUGAUUACGUCGAAUUUUCAAACUACAUGACUGAAGACAAUAGAUAUGGUAGAUACUGCGGUCAGCUGAAAGAGUUCCAUGUUGAAUCCGAAAGGAAUUUCUUCAAAGUAACGUUCCGGUCGAAUGAUAGGCUGGAUGGUCGAGGGUUCAAAGCCAUCUAUCAGUUUCUGGACAUCUCCGAUGAAUAUCGAUCUCCUGUGCAGGACUUGGCUUCUGAUUCGGCGUGUAUAUUCGGACACCUAGUGUUACUCUUAGCCGCUACAAUAACGCAACUGCAUCACCAAUUAUAUCAUUAACUAAAGUGAUAUUAGAUUAAAUAGGCUGUAAUCCUGUAUAUUUUGUAUUAUAGUAUGUGCCAUACACCUUGUAAUUAACGUAGAAAUGCAAUAUUUUCUAUAAAAUUGUACCUUCGGUUUCCAAACUUACAAAUUAAAGCAAUACAAUAUGAGACACAAUAAAUAUUUAUUAAUAACGGCACGUAAAAUGAAUUAAAUAAUUGAACAAUACUA